AUGUCUUACAGCGUGACCCUGACGGGGCCUGGGCCCUGGGGCUUCCGCCUGCAGGGGGGCAAGGACUUCAACAUGCCGCUCACCAUCUCCCGGAUCACGCCGGGCAGCAAGGCCGCACAGUCCCAGCUCAGCCAGGGUGACCUUGUGGUGGCCAUUGACGGCGUCAACACAGAUACCAUGACCCACCUGGAGGCCCAGAACAAGAUCAAGUCUGCCAGCUACAACCUGAGUCUCACACUGCAGAAGUCGAAGCGCCCCAUUCCCAUCUCCACGGCAGCGCCCCCGAUCCAGUCCCCUCUGCCAGUGAUCCCCCACCAGAAGGACCCUGCUCUGGACACGAUCAGCAGCCUGGCAGCACCCAGCCCCCACCCCGAGGCGAGGGCCGGCCCGGGCACCCCAGGCACCCCGGAGCUUGGGCAGACCUUUAGCUCUUCCUUCUCUCAGACCUCCGUCUUCUCCUCACACAUGGAGGCCUCUGACCCCGGCCCUCCCCGGGGCAGCCCCGGGGCCAAGAUCAGCCUGGAGGGGGCCCUGGACUCACUCAGCCCGAAAGCCCCACUGGGCUCGAGCCAGCCAAGGCAGUAUAACAACCCCAUUGGCCUGUACUCGGCAGAGACCCUGAGGGAGAUGGCUCAGAUGUAUCAGAUGAGCCGCCGAGGGAAGGCCUCAGGUGCUGGACUCCUAGGAGGCGCCGACUACCAGGAACGCUUCAACCCCAGCGCCCUGAAGGACUCGGCCCUGUCGACCCACAAGCCCAUCGAGGUGAAGGGGCUGGGCGGCAAGGCCACCAUCAUCCACGCGCAGUACAACACGCCCAUCAGCAUGUACUCCCAGGACGCCAUCAUGGAUGCCAUCGCCGGGCAGGCCCAGGCCCAGGGCAGUGACUUCAGUGGGAGCCUCCCUAUCAAAGACCUCACCGUAGACAGUGCCUCUCCCGUGUAUCAGGCUGUGAUUAAGAACCAGAACAAGCCGGAAGACGAGGCCGACGAGUGGGCGCGCCGCUCCUCCAACCUCCAGUCUCGCUCCUUCCGCAUCCUGGCCCAGAUGACGGGGACAGAAUACAUGCAAGACCCUGAUGAAGAAGCUUUGCGAAGGUCAAGGCCCCAGGCCUCUGCCUACAGUCCCGCUGUGGCCACCUCUCCAGCACCUGCUGCCCAUACAUACAGCGAGGCCCCAGCUGCCCCUGCACCCAAGCCCCGGGUUGUCACCACUGCCAGCAUCCGGCCUUCUGUCUACCAGCCAGUGCCUGCAUCUACCUACAGCCCAUCCCCGGGGGCCAAUUACAGUCCAACCCCCUACACGCCCUCCCCUGCCCCUGCCUACACCCCAUCCCCUACCCCUGCGUACACCCCUUCCCCCGCUCCCACCUAUUCCCCCUCCCCAGCACCAGCCUAUAACCCCUCGCCAGCCCCAAGCUAUAAUCCAACACCCUAUAGUGGGGGCCCUGCGGAGUCUGCCAGCCGUCCCCCAUGGGUGACAGACGACAGCUUCUCUCAGAAGUUUGCCCCUGGCAAGAGCACCACCACUAUCAGCAAGCAGAGUCUGCCCCGAGGGGCCCCUGCCUACACCCCGCCACCACCGGCCCCCCAGGUGUCCCCCCUUGCCAGGGGUACGGUCCAGAGGGCCGAGCGCUUCCCAGCCAGCAGCCGGACUCCGCUCUGUGGCCACUGCAACAGCAUCAUCCGGGGCCCCUUUCUGGUAGCCAUGGGCCGUUCCUGGCAUCCAGAAGAGUUCAACUGUGCCUACUGCAAGACCUCCCUGGCAGAUGUAUGCUUUGUGGAGGAGCAGAACAACGUGUACUGUGAGCGGUGUUAUGAGCAGUUCUUUGCCCCAGUCUGUGCCAAGUGUAACACCAAAAUCAUGGGGGAAGUGAUGCAUGCCUUGAGGCAGACGUGGCAUACCACCUGCUUCGUCUGUGCAGCCUGCAAGAAGCCCUUCGGGAACAGCCUCUUCCACAUGGAAGAUGGGGAGCCCUACUGUGAGAAAGACUACAUCAAUCUGUUCAGCACCAAGUGUCACGGCUGCGAUUUCCCUGUGGAGGCUGGUGACAAGUUUAUCGAAGCCCUGGGGCAUACCUGGCAUGACACCUGCUUCAUUUGCGCAGUCUGCCACGUGAAUCUUGAGGGGCAGCCAUUCUACUCCAAGAAGGACAAACCCCUGUGCAAGAAGCAUGCACACGCUAUCAACGUGUAGGGAACCCAGGGCAUCUGAUACGGACGGGCAGGGAGCUGCUCCUGCUGCUGCAACAAACCAUUGAAGGAGGCUGAUGUUUCUUUUUUGGGGGGAAAGGGAGAAGACAGGAAGCGACUGAGCCCUUUUGAAGUAUAAUUUUAGUCCUUUCUUCUGCACACAGAUCGUGUAUUUGCAUAGUUCAGACUAGAAGCCAAAUGAAGAUUCCUGAACCAAGCUAGUAAUUAAUCCAAGACUGGAAUUGUACUUCAAACGUUGAAGACAGAAUUCCAGGAACUCAAAAGUGAAAAAGAAAAAGUCACUUUUCCAAAGCGAUACACUUCCCUGAGGUCACCAGAGCAGGGACAGAGCUCAGAGCAGUUAUGGAGAAUCUGAAGCUUUCUGUGGAGUUCUUUAGAGCUCCUCUGACAAACAAAAUGAAGUGCCAAACAGUUCUCACUGCAGGGUAUUUUUAGAGCCAUAGCUGAGAGCUUGUUAGCUAAGACCGAUUGGGCCUUCCUCACCAAAAAAGGAAGUGUUAUUCCAUUCCUCGCGUCAUGGAGCUACCUCGGCGCAUCAGACUUCAGACCUUGCACGGGCUUGAACAUUUUCACGGGAGCCCAGACAUUGGAGGGAUGUCUUCUGGAAGCCUCUGGGCAAUCGACAGGGCUUCGGGAAAGGAUCGGGCUCACGCUGCAGACAGCUGAGGGAAAGAAAGGCUCUUCUGCCACCCUCUUUUAGCCUGAAACAGCCAAUGUCCCCAGAAAGCUUAGCUUCUUUUUGACUUGUGGUGGGCAAGUGGAAUUGGGUUUUUCUCCAGUUUUGCUUUGCUGUGUGUGAGAGAUUGC